UGUUUUAAAAGAGACGUCGAAUGUGGGCUGUAUUUGAAGGUGAGAGAAAAAAACGUCGUCAUGGCCCGCCUGGUAGCUGUGUGCGAGGAAAAUGAAGAGGACUACCCGUUUCUUACCAGACAGAUUCCUCUGUAUAUUGAUGACUCUUUAACGAUGGUGAUGGAGUUUCCUGAUGUCAUGGAUGUUGACAGACAUAUAAGCAGCAGCUCCCAUUGGAAACAGUUUACAGAGAGUCACUCAAAGUUGAAGCAACCGGACUUGUCUGUGGCCCUCUCGGUGGUGUUUAGAGAGUUUUGCAAGACAUUAUCCCAGCUGGUGCCAUGCGUGGGCUGCAGACGCAGUGUAGAGCGCCUAUUCACCCAUUUAUCCGUAUCCGGGACACCGGCCUUGGAGCCACUCACGUUUAAACCUAUGGGCAUACUGUCUGUCACCGAGACUUGUUUGUCAGAUUUAAAGAAGCUAUACAGCCUCUUUUACAUCCAAGGGUCAAAGUUAAAUGAUGUUAUUGAUGCCAUUCCAAAAAGUAAAAAGAGCAACAGAUGCCUGCUGCACUCCUUGGAUACUAACAAACUCAGACCUUCAGGCGGAAGCUUGAUGGAUCUUUGGGAGCGGAUGUCUCAGGAGUGCUGGGAUGAGGUGGUGCUAAUCGAUAGUGCCUGUUUUUUAGAGUCGCUCAAGAUACACUUACAGAAACAUAGGUUUUGCAGCGACUGUAAGAGUAAAGUGCUGAGGGCAUACAAUAUUCUGGUUGGGGAGGUCGACAGCAGUGAGGAGAAAGAUUUUUGCCCCGACCUGUACGAAGGACUGUACUGCUGCUCAUGUGACCGUCACAUCCAUGUGUGCUGUGAGAUUGACUUCAUCGCGCAUCUCCUCGGCCGGGCAGAGGCCCAGUUUGCUGGAGGCUAUGAGGAGCGACAUGCCAAGACCAUCGACCUUGCGCAGAAAGAAGUCCUGACGUGUUUAGGCAUUUAUCUCCAUGAGCGACUUCAAAAGAUUUGGCAGAAACUACGAGCAGAGGAGCAGACGUGGCAGCUAUUGUUCCAUGUGGGCAUUGAUGAAAUCCGCAAAAGCUUUGAGACGGCAGUGGAGAGGACGCAGGGAUUGAGUCGGCUGGAGCAGUUUGUCGAGGAGCUAUCUGAGAAGGAGAGAGCGAAACAGCUUAAACAGGAGAAAAAGAGGCAAAAGCGGAAAAACCGACGAAGAAACAAGUGCGGCUUUGACAUUUCUGAGCAGGAAGCGGACAUUAAGGAAGAGAAUCAUGAGGAGGGUUCUGUCGACUGUGAGGAGCCUAACUGUACUGCCUGCGGGAACCUCGAUAACAGGGAAAACAUCUCUAAUGCAAGCACAACCUUUAGUUGUUCAGAUAAACCAGAUUCAACUGGGAGUGAUUAUGGCUACUCGUCAAGCUUCGAGAGCAGCUCACGAGAAGGUUCCGAUGUAGCUUGCUCCGAGGGACUCUGUAACCAUGAUGUAGCAGUUAAGUCCAAUGAAUGCGGUUUUGCUGAAGAAAAAGAAGAGGCAACAGAUAGCUGUAGUGAAUUCUGGACACACACUGAGGAAACGCCUCAAUGCAAGAGUAGAAAGAAGAAAAGAAAGGGGAGUGCUUUACAUAAUAAUAAUAAUAAUCAGGGACGAAGAGAUGAAAGUCACAGUUUGCCACCGCCUCAUGUUUGCCAAACCAAAGAUCUAAAGCUGGACCGUUUUGCACAACAGUUACCAUGGGCAGGACACGGAAAGAAUCAUUGCCUUAAUUCCAAACAGUUAGAAGCCAACAUGAGUUUAUUGGAUCUCAUGGAUGAUUCUGAGGUCAUUUCAGAUGAAGAGAAUGGUCUCACCCAGGAUGAAAUUCAAGCAUUCGUAGAAAGAAAUGGGUUGUUCUACAGCAACCGUCACAAGUAUCGACAGCUACUAAAGGAUAAGUUUACCAACUACUGCUGCGCUAGUCACUCGAAGAUAGACUGUAGCAACUGUUUUGCCUCCACAAGUGUGAAAUCAGUGCGCCAAUGAUACCUCGAAGAAAAACGCGAUGACCACGGCGAAGGAUAGAAUUCUGAUUUUUUUUUUUUUUUUUCUAAUUCUUUGUUGUUUUUAAUUCACGUGAUUUAUGUCUAUGUCUUAUAUCUCAAGUUGGCACUUACAUGAUCUGACUUAGCAAACCUUGAUUCUCAUUGACCAAGUCCUGUGACUUGUUGGUGCUUGUUGAAGAGUUUUGGGUAAGAGCACAGUGUAAAAUCUUCUUUGUGAGCUGUGACUUAUGCAUUGUGUCACGGGGGUCUUACAGGAUGGUUGUACUCUGCUGUCUCAAAAUGUUUUCUCAUUGGUGACUCAUUGGGUGAUAAAGCUUGUGCACUCUAUGUGUAGAUUUUUUUUUAAAAAAUACAAUGAAAUAAACAUCCAGUUAAAAGGUUUGGGUGUGAUAAAGUGAAAAAUGUGAAAUUUGACUAAAUAAAAUUAAUCUACCUUGAAA